AUGUAUACAACUGCAGAAUCAGACAUGUUUGAAGAGAUACGAGAAAUUCAAGUAUUUCAGUUGAGGAAAAGUUCAGCUGGUUGUCCGGUUGUUUUAAUGGGUGAAAGUUGCCCAGAAGAAACACCACUGUAUUAUUACAAAUGCUGUGGCCAGCUGAAUACAUCAUGCUGCUUCAGAUUACAAGAUUGGGUAAUUGUCCUUCUGAUAAUCCUAGCAGUAUGUAUCAUUCUUAGCAUUGUGGUAAACUUUCUACGAUGUCUGUUCUGCUAUGGUCGUUAA